UGACACCCCACCCCCAGGCGACACAAGCUGGGAUUACUCGCCGAUCAUUCUUGAUUUCUCCUUCUCCAGAUUCCUCUCAAGGCAAUGCGCUGUCACUGGUGAUGGCUUCAAGUCCGGCAUUGUUCACAGCCUCAAGGGGGCAGACCCUCACGUACCUGCUCGCGGUUUGCCCCUUCUCUAUCGCGUUCCUGGUCUUCAUCAAUUCCUCUGUUUCCUUCGUGGUGACGGAUCUGAUCGGACUCCAUGAAGGAGAAGGAGAUGCAGUGGGGACUUUGGGAUUUGCCGAUGAAUUGCUUGCGCUUGCUGCCUGUCCUCUUUGGGGCGUGCUCUCGGAUCGGAUCGGCGUACGUCAUGUUUGCACUAUUGGCUACGCUAUAAUUGCUUUAGCAUUGGUUCUCUUCGUACAAUCUAAGAAUGUCUAUCCACAGCUUCUUCUCGGUCGGCUGCUGUUCAGCCUCGGUGGCUCGGCCGUAUCAACCAUGGUCACUGCAGUCUUGCCCACCGUGACGGGCAAGGCCUUCCGAAACGAGGCAUACCGGGCUUCCGUCUCAUCUGAACUAACUAUCACACCUGAGCGGCUGCGUGGUCUUCAAAAUGGCAACUCCGAAUCUGGCCGUGCUUCGCCUUCGGCUCGACUAUCAGGUUUUGUUGGACUAUUCGCGGGCUGUGGAGCUCUUGUCUCUCUUGCAGUCUUCCUUCCUCUUCCAGCUCGAUUCGAAAAGGUGGGACUGUCACCAACCGAAUCUAUUCAACGCAGUUAUUACCUUGUGGCUGUUGUAGCUCUCAUCAUCAGCGUGGUCAGUUUUAUUGGCCUUCGUCACCUGCCCGGAGAAGAAAGCAAAGGAUGGUCCGCUUUGUGGAACUGCCGUACACAACGCGAUGGCCAACCCGCUACUCUCCCGUACUGGAAGCAAUUGACCACAGCGAUGCUUCUGGGGUUCCGAAACCGCAGCAUUGGGCUAGGCUACGUGGGCGGAUUCGUUGCUCGGGCAUCCUCCGUGGGCAUCUCCCUGUUCAUUCCUCUGGCGGUGAAUCACUACUUCCGAGUCUCGGGCCUGUGCAACGAACAAGAUCCCGUACAUGGAUCCGGGCUGGGAGAGAUCAAACGCGCGUGCCCACGCGCAUACAUCCUUGCAUCGAUCCUGACGGGUGUUUCUCAACUGGUAGCCCUGUGUGCGGCGCCAGCCUUUGGAUUCUUGACCGAUAAAUCGCGACGAUACAAUGUCCCACUCUUGGUGGCGGCCUUCCUUGGCGUAAUUGGGUACACUUGGUUUGCGCAGAUGCCCAACCCGCAAUUCAAGGGUCCCGAUGGCAAUCCGGUGGUCUUCCUCGUGAUGGGACUUAUCGGCCUUAGCCAGAUUGGAGCUAUUGUGUGUAGUCUCGCUGUACUCAGCAAUGGCAUUCUGCGGGUCAGCUUGGACGAGAACACGAUGCGCAAGAUCUAUGACGAUCAGACUGAGACGGACGAUGACGAUCAAUGUGAAUCCGGCGAGGGCCGGCCCCUUAUCGCGGGGUCAAUAAAUCGGCGACUGGAGCAUCUGUCUCACCUGAAAGGUUCCAUCGCGGGAGUGUAUUCGCUGUAUGGUGGGGCCGGAAUUCUGCUUCUCACCAAAUUGGGAGGAAAAUUAUUCGACGAAGUCUCAUCCGGUGCCCCAUUCUACAUCAUGGCGGCCUUCAAUGGAAUCUUGCUAGUGGUUGGAAUUCUAGCUGGGAUUCUCAACCAGGUUGUGCCGGUCAUGGAGGUGUCAGUGUAG